AUGGAAGAAGAGUCACGUCGUCGCCACGCACCGCAAUUCUCAAAUCUUCAUCCUGUUGAUGCCCUCAACACAACGAGCCGUCAGCGUCAGGCAUUCAUCGAUGAUGAGGCAGUCAUUUCGAAAUUGAAUAACGCUCAGAUCGAUAUUAAUAAUGUUCAAGAAGAAUCGAAUGUCAAGGAAAGAGUGGAUGAACAAAAAGCUCAAGAACUGAAAUUGCUACUCCAACAACAACAGCAAGAAUAUCAGAAGGCACAAGGUGAAAUUGCAGCGGAACAUCACCAAAAGUAUUUGAAGCAACAGCAACAGGCAGGACACUCGAUACCAGCUCAACAGCAACCACACGCCGUACGUGGCAAUAACCAAGUUGGGCCAAGUGGAUCAAAACCGCAUCCUACUAUUAGUAACUCGACCUCAACUUCAACCGCAAGCUCGGCCUCGACGACAUCGACAACCCGUCGCCGUCGAGCUGGGUUUGAGUUAAAUAUCAACCAUGCUACAUUACUGAAUCGUCGGGCGAAGCAGCAGCAACAUCCUUCCAUGAUGCUGGAUCAGCAACAGCAACAGGAAUCUCCAGCCAUGGCCAUCUAG